GAAUGGAAAUAGACUACCGAGCUGAGUGCUGGUGAGAUGCGAUAAUGCCCUGCGUAUUAACACCCUAAAGCCGCACCAGCACUGACAUCGAGUUUCAUCUGAGCCCGUUGUACGCAUUAUAUUGCUGUGGAUUUUUAGGUCAAGAAUCAGUACAGUAUAUAUAGCCUACUUUUCUGCUUUGAUCUAACAUUGAAGAGACAGAUGCACGGUUAAAGAAAAGGACCGAAUGACAUGCGUGCGUCUCCAUAACUGUGACGCGGAUACUAACUUGCCUACAUUUGACAUGGGGCAAAGUUUAUGUCACUGACUCAAGUUUAGACAAGUUGGAGCGAAGCAUUAUCUCGUCUGUUUUCAUCACUCUUUAAAGGACGACUUUGUAACAAAACUUCUGAAAAGCUGGUUGGGAAUUAAAUGUUAAUUUGCGGCAUCUGAGGGGAAAGUACAUACUCCUGUCCACAGGAGAAUCGCAAGCAAAGGGCGAUUUAGCCAAGAAGAAACUUGCAAGCUUUUAUUUUGGAUCAAGCUUAACGGAAAUUUUGGAUGAUACAUUUUUCCAUUUAACCCGAAAUUUAUUCCGUAUAAGAAUAAAAAUGGAUCUGAAAUGUUUCGGCUUGGCGGUGCUUUUCCCUAUCCAGAUCGUUUAUUAUAUACUUAAAGCAAGCGUGUGCUUGUUGCUACCGAGCAAACGGAAGGAUUUGAGCGGAGAGGUCGUGUUGAUCACCGGCGGAGGAAGGGGCAUUGGUCGUCACCUGGCAAAGGAAUUUGCUAAGCAAGGAGCAAAAAAGCUGAUCCUGUGGGGCCGCACAGAGAAGUAUCUCAAGCAGACCUGCGAGGAGAUCUCGCUUGCAGGGACCGAGUGCCACUACUUCAUCUGCGACGUGGCCAAUCGCGAAGAGGUGUACCAGCAGGCCAAAGUGGUCAGGGAGAAGGUAGGGGACGUUACCAUCCUGGUGAACAACGCCGCAGUGGUUCAUGGGAAAAGUCUGAUGGACAGCGAUGAUGACGCCUUGCUGAAAUCGCAGCAUGUCAACACCCUUGGGCAGUUCUGGACCACCAAAGCCUUCCUGCCCAGGAUGCUGGAGCUGCAGAGCGGCCACGUGGUCUGCCUCAACUCCAUCCUCUCGCUCUCCUCCAUCCCCGGCGCCAUCGACUACUGCACCUCCAAGUCGGCCUCCUACGCCUUCAUGGAGAGCCUGACCCUGGGGCUGCUGGACUGCCCCGGUGUGGGCUGCACCACUGUGCUGCCCUUCCACACCAACACCGAGAUGUUCCAGGGGAUGCAAGUCAGGUUCCCUCAGCUCUUUCCUCCCCUGAAGCCUGAGAUGGUGGCCCAGAGGACCGUAGAUGCUGUCAGGAGCAACACGGCCUUCGUCUACCUGCCCUGGACCAUGCGUGUCCUCGUCAUCCUCAAGAGCUUCCUUCCUCAGCUGGCGCUAGAAGAGAUUCACAAGUUCUCCGGAAGCUACACCUGCAUGAACACGUUCAAGGGGCGCACAUAGGCGAGGUCCGGGAGAGCCCGCGGCCGACAGCUUCUGAACGCGGCGAGCGCUGAGGUCACAACACUCGAGAAACCUUUCCUUACUUGGACAGUAUAAAGCAGGGCAGUGUGGGAUGCCACUCACGUUAGAGCUUCAGGAGUCAGGGAUGGAGAUCAGGGUGACGACAUUCGCAGCACCUCCACAGCACACCCCCCAGACGUGUGGCCUUGGCACGCGACGCCUGGACCAAAACAACCUUCAGUGUUUUUAGUUUCCGCCGUAGGGAGACUAAAAUCCAACCCCUGGGCUGUGUCUUUGACAAACUCAAGGUCAAAGAUUCCGAACCGGUGUCCUGCUGGUUGAUGGUGGAGGGAGGUGGAGCUAAGAGCCUCCUACAUGCCAUCCUUAGAGCUGAACUCACUCAAAAAAGGACUGGUUCAGCGCAUUUGAUUUCCUUUUUCAUAGGUAGGUUUUUAUUGUUUGACUGGAUUGUUGGGAGUUUGUGUAUAAUUUCAUGUGUUUUUAUUUCAACAUUUCAUGUAUCUCCGUAUUAAACUGUUGAAUAAAAAGUCGAUUUAAAUGAAAA